GCUCAGCGACUCUCAGCCGGCUGUAAACUAACAAACGUGAUCUUCAUUGAGUUGGGAUUCAGCGGCAAAUAAUUGUGCGUUUUUCAUUAACACUCAGCGAAAGGUGUCUGCUCGAAGCCAAUAUGACUUCGUUUAUGCCGCAGAAACGAUACUACAGACAACGGGCACAUUCUAACCCGAUGGCGCACCACGAGUUUAAUUAUCCAGUGUGUCCUGAAGAAAUGGACUGGUCUGAACUGUAUCCAGACUUCUUCACUGGCAGCUCAUCUAAGAAUGGCACCUCGCAAGUUGAGUUUGCAGAUAUUGGCUGUGGAUACGGGGGGCUUUUAGUGGAGUUAUCCACACUUUUCCCAGACAAGCUCAUCCUAGGGAUGGAAAUCCGUGUCAAAGUAUCAGAUUAUGUUCAGGACCGUAUCAAGUCACUUCGUGAAUCUGAACCAGGGAGCUACCAGAACAUCGCCUGUAUUCGCAGUAAUGCAAUGAAAUACCUGCCUAACUUCUUUUCCAAAGGACAGCUCAGUAAGAUGUUUUUCCUCUUCCCUGACCCUCACUUUAAGAAACAACACAAAUGGAGGAUCAUUAGCCCCACUUUGUUGGCAGAGUAUGCCUACACUCUCAGAGUCGGGGGUUUGGUUUAUACCAACACAGAUGUGGAAGAGGUCCAUCUCUGGAUGGUGAAGCACUUCACUGAACAUCCACUAUUUACACGUGUCACUGAUCAGGAACUGGAUGGUGAUGUCAUUGUGAGCCGUUUAGGCACCUGUACAGAGGAGGGAAAGAAGGUGCAGAGAAAUGGAGGAAAAAAUUUCCUUGCAGUUUUCCGGAGGAUUGAAGAUCCAAACUUUGGACAAGAGAACUAAUCUUCAACGUAAUCUGAUCAGGGUGGAGGUGCAUCAACAAACACAAUGGACGUAGAUGCACAUAAACAUUUUUUCCCUCAUUAUUCUAAGGUUUUGUAGAUAUUUUGUACAUUUUAUAUAUUUCAUUUUUGGCUUACAGAAGACAGUGUAAACAUCUAGAAUCAACUUGAUGUGGUUUAUCUAUUUUUAUUAUGAUUUUAUCCUCUUUAAUUUCAUUUGCCAAAAAUGAUCAUUUUUUCCUGUAUGGCUGUUAAGUAUUUUAUUAAAAAUUCUUUGAUGUAAAAAAAAAAAAAUAAUAAUAAUAAUAAUAAUAAUUCCUAAAGUGACAAUGUCUAGACAAUAAUGAUGUGUCUCAAUCAUCUAUUCUGACCCUCCUCCAGUGGGAGGUGGUGUGUUUACCUGCAAAUACCCUGUUUACUGUCUAUAUUUUCUCUUUCCCUAGUGUUUCACUGUAUUUCAGGAUAUUCAACCGUUGGGCUGUGGGUUUGGACCUACAGUGGAUAUAAAAAGUCUACACAUCCCUGUUCAAAUGCUAGGUUUUUGUGUUGUAAAAUAAUGAGACCAAGAUAUAUAAUUUCAAAUCUUUCUCCGCCAUUAAUCUGAUCUAUAACCUGUACAACUGAAUUGAAAAACAAACUGAAAUAUCUUUUAAGGGGAAAAAUAAAAAAAUUUAGAAUAAUCUGGUUGCAUGAAUAUGCACACCCUUAAACUAAUACUUUGUUGCAGCACCUUUGGCUUUUAUUACAGCGCCCAGUCUUUUUCGGUAGGAGUCUAUCACUGUAGUAUAUCUUGGUGUGGCAAUAUUUGUCCACUCUUUGCAAAAACGUGCCAAAUCUGUCAGACCGCGAGGGCAUCUCCUGUGCACAGCCCUCUUCAGAUCACCCCACAGAUGUUUGAUCGGAUUCAGGUCUGGACUCUGGCGGGGCCAUUCCAAAACCUUGAUCUUCUGGUGAAGUCAUUCUUUGGUUGAUUUUGAUGUGGGCUUUGGAUCACUGUUGUGCUAAAAGAUGAACUUCCUCUUCAUCUUCAGCUUUCUGGCAGAAGCCUGAAGGUUUUGUGCCAACACUGACUGGUAUUUGGAACUGUUCAGAAUUCCCCUCCACCUUGUCUAAGGCCCCAGUUCCAGCUGAAGAAAAACAGACCUAAAGCAUGAUGCUGCCACCACCAUGCUUCACUAUAGGGAUGGUGUUCUUUUGGUGAUGAGCAGUGUUGUUUGUGCCAAAUAUACCUUUUAGAAUUAUGGCCAAAAAAUUCAACCUUGGUUUCAUCCGACCCCAACACAUUUUCCCACAUAGGUUUGGGAGAUUUAAAAUGUGUUUUUAAAAAAUUUAGCUGGGCUUGGGUGGUUUUCUUCACAACAUAAGGCUUUGGUCUUGCCACCCUACCCCAUAGCCCAGACAUGUUAGAUCGUUGUCAUACGUACUACAUCGAAAGCAUUUGCUAGAAAUUCCUGCAUCUCCUUCAAUGUUGCCGUUGGCCUCUUGACAGCCUCCCUGACCAGUUUUCUUCUAAUCUUUUAAUCAGUUUUGGAGGGAUGUCCAGUUCUUGAUAAUGUAACUGUUGUGCCCUAUUUUCUCAACUUGAUGACUGUCUUCAAAAUGUUCUAUGGCAUAUUUAAUACCUUGGAAAUUCUUUUGUACCCUUCUCCUGACUGAUACCUGUGAACAAUGAAACCCCACUGAUGCUUUGGAAGCUCUCUGCAGACCAUGGCUUAUGCUGUAAGAUGUGACAGGAAAAGCCUACUAGAAUAGUCCAACUUUAUUUGGGGUUAAUCAGGGGUACUUAAAAUGGUGGCAGGUGUGUGCCGACUACCAUUUAACAUGUGUUUGAAUGUGAUUGGUCAAUUCUGAACACAGCCACAUCCCCAGUUAUAAGCGGGUGUUCACACUUGUGCAACCACAUUAUCUCAGUUGUUUAUUUUUACUUCCCCUCCCUAAAGGUUUUCAGUUUAUUUUUCAAUUGAGUUGUAGAGGUUAAGGGUCACAUGAAUGGUGGAAAAUGUUUUGAAAUGAUUUAUCUUGGUCUCGUUUUUCGUCAGAAAAAACAAGCAUUUUAACAAAGGUAUGUAGACUUUUUAAAUCCACUAUACAGUGUGAUGCAGCUCUGUCUGAGACAAAACUCUGGGCAAACUGUGUGCUUUGGUUGGAUUCCCCUACAGUUCUGCAUUCAUGUAGGGAUGUUUCUUUUUAAUUUAGCGCAUAACAAUUGCAAAACAAUUAUAAUUUAUUCACUUUUUCUAGCUAAAGAUGAUGGUCUAUCCUCUGUUGGACCACUAUUUUCUGUCCGUCAUUCAUUGAGGAGAAAGGAGUCAAAGGUUGAAAAUUUCUGUUUAUCUUUAAUGGUAAAUGAACAGAUUGGAAACUGAUGACCUGGGAAUGAAAAGGUGAUAUUCUGUAUCCUUUCUGGACAUUUAUCUCUGGGUGUUUCAUACAAAGUAGAUUUAUUUAAAUUGCAGGAUAUUUGUAUUGAGAAAAACCAAGAUUCCGGUUUUUAUUGGGAUUUAGGUUUUACUAAUCUCAGUUAUCCAGUCAGCUCCUCAAAACUUUCCGUAAAGUAAAAGACUUUGAUGGUGCCUUCUUUGUGGUUUUCCUUCAAACCUCAUUACAUUCAACUUACAUUUUUCUAUCAAGCUAA